CCACAAUAUCCACCGCCAGCUCUAUACGGACCGGCGCCACCCGGAAUGUAUUCAUCAAAUAUCCCUCCCAUUUCACCACAGAUGACUCAGCCAUAUCCAAACACAGGCACAUCAGUCAAUGCCGAAUAUCAACCUAUUGCUAUGAAUGGCUUGAGCAAAAUGCUGGGUCCUCUUGCUGCUGGAAAUGGCGAUAUUGAUUCGCUGAAUGAGGCACGAAAUAACCAGUAUUAUAUGGAUCUGCAAAAGCACCGACAAGAUUUAGUGGAUUACGGCGACAAACAACUGAGAUAUCUAGAUCAGCAGCGUCGCUAUCAGCAAGCAAUGCUCGAUCAGCGUGCUGGCGCAGCGGUACGUAAUUAG